GUAUUGUUUUGUACAUAAAAUAAAGGGUUGUCACACAGAUGCUUGACACGGCUAUAGGCUGUAUCGUCCGUUAAUCUGUUUCGGUGAGGGACGUGUUUCGGUGGUUGCGUCGUUUGUGUGCAACAUUAUUACGACUGGUCAGAGCACUGGUACGUGUUUCCAGAAAGUACCACUAUGGAUACUCUUCAAGAAAGAAAAUCCAGUUUGCAUGGAUCAAGUAUACUCUCAUUUUACCAUGAACCAAUUGAUGAAACAAGGCAAACUAGAAAACUGGGAGCUGUUGAGAACACAUACCAGUUAGAUCCACCAAAAAGGUUUCACCCAGACCGUGUGACCAAGAUUAUUAAGCAGAUUCUGGAAACACAUCUUUCUAACAUGGAAUAUAAUCAUGAGGUAAUGAAAUCAACUACAAAGAUGAUGACAGAGGAACUCAAGGUUAAGGUGAAGGAAUUAAAUUUGAAGAGGUACAAGCUCAUAACCCAUGUGAUGGUAGUGGAAAACAAGGAUCAGGGCAUUCGCAUUGGCAGUCGCUUCCUGUGGGACACUGAGCGAGACAGUUUUGCCUCUGCCAGUUUCAAGAACAAAACUUUGUUCGCUACAGGAAUUGUCUACGCUUGUUACUAUGAAUAAUCAUCCUUUUGACCAACAUAUCAUGAAUAUGCAGCAUGUAAUCCUGGGUUUCCUCUCUUGUAAUCUUAUCAUUCUGCUACUGAUCCUUGUAAGGGUCCAACUUUUUAAUAUUAGACUAAAUACUAGGUUUCAAAAAGCCUUAACUUUUCUAACAUUAUAGGGUUACUACCAUGGUGGAAAAGUAUCAAGUAAAAAAUGCCAAACAUUAUACAUAUACAUGUGUAUGAUAACAAAACUAUUUAAUAAUCAAAAGAUUUGUUUACAGAAAGUAGUAUUAAAAAGAUGUCCAAGUCACUUUGUCCUCUGAAAGUGUUUUUGCUGUUGACGUGAACUAUUUGUUGUGUUUGAAGUAUAGUCUAUUGUAGACUGAUGUGUGUGGUUCUACCUGUGUGAUGAUGCUCUAAGUAUAGUGAAGCAUGUUUCAACAACAAGCCUUUUAUCAUGGGUACUUGUCUGACAUUCAUUAGUCAAUAAUAAGUGCAAGCAUCUUCAUUAAUUAAUAUUAAACAUUUAUGUUACGGUAAUUGUCUGUAAAAACAUAACUUAUGAUCAGAAAUGAAAAAUAAUUUGAAAGUAAAUAGUCAAUUAUAUAUUUUAAAAAAUUAAUCUAUAUGUUUGGUUGAAAAUUAAAUCCAUAUUUAUGGACCGGUAUAUUAAAGUACUAAUAGUUUAAGAUCUACCGUAAAACCAGAAAUUUUCACGGUUUCAGGACUAAAAAGAUUUAGAGGUUUCUUAUUUUCAAGGUUUGGCAACUCAGAAAUGAGAGUGUUUAAUGUUUGUGGUUUAGCAUAUUGAAUAUUCUAUUCUAGUUUUAUAUUUUUGAGGCUGCCAGCAAAAUAUUAGCAAAUUUUGUAAAGUCAUACAAAUAUUAAUAUUUCAUACAACUACUACUGCGCAAUAGUUAGUAAAUCUAAAUCAAAACAAAUAUACAUGUCUUUAUUUUUAAUAAGUAUUAGUAUGUAUUUUAUUUUUAACACUAAUAUGGUAGUAUACAUGGCAUGGGGCUCUAUAAUUACAGAAGUUCAAUGUGACACCAAAUAGCACUAGUUUAAAAUGUGCUUGGAUGUCAUUAAACAGACACUGCUUUCCUUUCAAUAAUUCAUAUCAAACCCAAUAUUAAUGGAUCAUGUCUCUUUAAUAAUGAAACAGCUUUCAAAUCUCACAACAAUACCUCUAUAUUCAUAUGCAUAUUAUUAUAGCUUAUUAUGACACAGUUACUGUUGAUUAACUUCACUCAAAAACUGGGGUGGUGGGUGCUGUUAAAAAAAAGAAAAAAGUAUUAUCAAUCUAAAAAUUGAUAUAUUAUGUUUUUGCAGCUUUUGGCAUUUGUAUUAAAAGUAUAAAAUCCUUAAGUGAAAUGUUUCUGAAAUGUUUUAUUGUUUCCUUGUGGGGUUUUUGUAUUUUAUGAACACUUCACAAUAUUAAAUGACAAACAGUGAAUAAUACAUUCUAUAGUCUGGUUGACUGUUUAUUAUUUUACAUUACAUGUUACUCUUUCAAUGUUAACAUUUAAUUAUUAUUAUCAUUGUUAUAUAAUUUAUGUUACACAUGUACAGUGUAUUCAUUAUUGUAACCAUAUGCAAUAAAACAAUUUCAGUAUUA